AGAAAGAGAAGAGAGAGAGAGAGAGGGUGGGGGCGAGGCUCCGCUCAUCUCUCACCUCACCCCAUUCCCAAUUCUCUCUCUCUCCUCUUUCUCUCUCCUCUCUCCUCUCUCCUCUCUCUCUCUAGAGGGACCCCUUCGUCUCCUCUCUCUCUCUCUUCUUCUUCUUCUACUUUCUCGCUCUUAGUAUAUAUCUAUCUAUAUGUAUAGCAACUAACGAACUCAAAGGGGGGGUGGGGGGGAGAUGACCUAGAUUUUCGAAGGUUUCAAGUUUCCGUUAUCUCUCCUCCUCUCUCUCUCUGCUCAAAAUCGAUCAUCAAAAUCUAUCAUUAAAAGAAGAAUUUUCGAUUGGUUGAGAUGAUGGGGAGUUUCCUUUCAAGGGCCCUUCUGUUGGCCUUUGGUUACGCUUAUCCGGCCUACCAAUGCUACAAAACAGUCGAGUUGAACAAGCCCGAGAUUCAACAGCUCAUUUUUUGGUGUCAGUAUUGGAUUUUAGUUGCUUUAUUGACCGUUUUGGAGCGAUUCACCGAUGCUUUUGUCUCAUGGUUACCAAUGUAUAAUGAAGCAAAGCUGGCAUUUUUUAUAUACUUAUGGUAUCCUAAAACAAUGGGAACAACGUACAUCUAUGAAACCUUCUUCAGGCCAUAUAUUUCGCGGCAUGAGAAUGAUAUUGAUCGCAACUUGCUUGAGCUAAGAGCUAGAGCAUGUGAUGUGGUUGUGCUCUAUUGGCAAAAGGCUACUAGCUAUGGCCAAACUACCUUUUUCGAUGUGUUACAGUAUGUUGCUUUACAGUCUUCUUCGCUGACCUCAAGAUCGGGAUCCGCUCAGCAAAAGGAACAGCAGUACCGGAGAGCAGUAUCAUUGCCAUCCAGUCAGCCCCCAGCACCGGCUUCCCAGCCGGCGGAAGAGCCCACAACAACCACCGCUUCCAACCCUAGGCUGAUCCGGCGGCUGGAGCCCUUUAAAGCAAAACCAAUUACACAUCCCGCUCAGCCACAAGAACCUGCAGCAGCUGCUGACCCACCAGCCGAUCCUGCUGCUGAACCUCCCACUUCAAAAAGCGUUUCCGAUCUCCCCAGCAUCGAAGCCACCACUACUAGCCAACCCAUAGAUGAAGCUGAAGCAGACGAGGAAAUGCCAGUCGACGAGGAGGCCGAAGCCGAGGGCAAAGAAGAUGGCAAAAGUCCGGAGACGCCGAUAGAGGAGACCAUCCGCACGACUCGUUAUAGGUUGAGAAAGCGAGUUGCCACCACCGCCAUUCCUUCGGCCGGUAAUUAGCUUCUGUGUUCUUUCGUUUGCAGGGCCUCUGCUGUUUUCAUUCUCCGGAGCUUGUUUGACUACGAGUGAAUUUGUGUUAUUCAUCAGUGCCGAUGAUGCCAGGGAGAAAUGCAAAGGAUUUUAUGAGAGCUUCUUUCCUUUUUAAUUGAGUAUAUAUACAUCAAAUAAGGUUUGAUGAAUGGUAAUAAGGAAUUCUUUGUAAAAUUGUUUAAAUAUAAUUUUUCCUUGGCAUUAGCACUUGCGUUGCUUGGAGAAAAGAAAUGUUGGUUGCUUGGUUUGUUUA